UGGUGGCAGAGUCAGCCGAUGCCCCGUGUUUCCCUUCCGCGUGCCUAGUCCUUGCGCUGCCGUUAUCUUCAAGACCCUCCCACCUUACCGAGCUCCAGGAUCGGAAAUGAGGAGCUGAGCACAACAUGCCAACACUCGAGGGGCCCACGACAGUUGCUCAAGAGCCAUCUCGGGAAUAGGCUGCUAGGCCCUGGAGAGUGAGGACUUGAACUACAGCACUCCUGUCGGACCCCUGGAUGUGGUUUUCCCCCCCGGUCCCACAGCUAAUGACUAAGCUGGAAACGGAAAGAUAUAGUUUGAGCUCCCUAAAAGAGGAAGGUGGACUCUAUAGGGACAAACAGUUGGAUGCUGCAAUAGCAUGGCAGGGGAAGCUCACCACACACAAAGAGGAACUCUAUCCCAAGAACCCUUAUCUCCAGGACUUUCUGAGUGCAGAGGGAGUGCUGAGUAGUGAUGGUGUUUGGAGGGUCAAAUCCAUUCCCAAUGGCAAAGGUUCCCCACCACUCACCACUGCUACAACUCCAAAACCACUUAUCCCUACAGAGGCCAGCAUCAGGGUCUGGUCAGACUUCCUCAGAGUCCAUCUCCAUCCCCAGAGCAUCUGUAUGAUUCAGAAGUACAACCACGAUGGGGAAGCAGGUCGGCUGGAGGCUUUUGGCCAAGGGGAAAGUGUCCUAAAGGAACCCAAGUACCAGGAAGAGCUGGAGGACAGGCUGCACUUCUACGUGGAGGAAUGUGACUACUUGCAGGUAGCGGCGUGGCAAUGUGCACUCCAGGGUGGAAGCUCUUCUCAUCCUGCUAACUAUCUUUCAUCACUCACCUCUGCCCAGGGCUUCCAGAUCCUGUGUGACCUGCACGAUGGCUUCUCUGGGGUAGGCGCAAAGGCGGCAGAGCUGCUACAAGAUGAAUAUUCAGGGCGGGGAAUAAUAACGUGGGGCCUGCUACCUGGUCCCUACUAUCGUGGAGAGGCCCAGAGAAACAUCUAUCGUCUAUUAAACACAGCUUUUGGUCUCGUGCACCUGACUGCUCACAGCUCUCUCGUCUGCCUCUUGUCCCUGGGUGGGAGCCUGGGCCUGCAACCUGAGCCACCUGUCAACUUCCCUUACCUGCAUUAUGAUGCCACUUUGCCCUUCCACUGCAGUGCCAUCCUGGCUACAGCCCUGGACACAGUCACUGUUCCUUAUCGCCUGUGUUCUUCUCCAGUUUCCAUGGUUCAUCUGGCUGACAUGCUGAGCUUCUGUGGGAAAAAGGUGGUGACAGCAGGAGCAAUCAUCCCUUUCCCCUUGGCUCCAGGCCAGUCCCUUCCUGAUUCCCUGAUGCAGUUUGGAGGAGCCACCCCAUGGACCCCACUGUCUGCAUGUGGGGAGCCUUCUGGAACACGUUGCUUUGCCCAGUCAGUGGUGCUGAGGGGUAUAGACAGAGCAUGCCACACAAGAAGCCAGCUCACCCCAGGGACACCUCCACCCUCCGCCCUUCAUGCAUGUACCACUGGGGAAGAAGUCUUGGCUCAGUAUUUACAACAGCAGCAGCCUGGAGUGAUGAGUUCUUCCCGUCUGCUGCUGACUCCCUGCAGGGUGGCUCCUCCUUACCCCCACCUCUUCUCAAGCUGCGGUCCACCGGGUAUGGUUCUGGAUGGUUCCCCCAAGGGAGCAGCAGUGGAGAGCAUCCCAGUGUUUGGGGCACUGUGUUCCUCUUCGUCCCUGCACCAGACCCUGGAAGCCUUGGCCAGAGACCUCACCAAACUCGACUUGCGGCGCUGGGCCAGCUUCAUGGAUGCUGGAGUGGAGCACGAUGACAUAGCAGAGCUGCUGCAGGAGCUACAAAGCCUGGCCCAGUGCUACCAGGAUGGUGACAGCCUCGUGGACUAA